AAGAAUUAGAAUGAUUGUUGGUCCCCUCUCCUCUCUCUAUCUCCCUGCAUGGGAAAAUGGACUGAAUACUGUAAUUAAGUUAAGCCCUUUUUAGCAAACCCUUAUAUAUACACACAACACAUCACCCUCAUUUUCCUAAACCAAACAUACAUCACACAACAUUCCUCCUUCUCUCCACAUGGAAGGAAACCAUCAAGAGAUGCAGCUCUUCUCCUACACCGCCACCUCUUCUCCCGAUCACAAUCCACCGCCACUCGACCUCCAGCUAUCCAUAAGCCUGAACAAGCCGGAGUGCGUGGCGAUGAGGAAGAUGCGGAAGGCCGCGGGCGUGGAGGCUCUCAAGUGGCAGGGGGCGGAGCAGAUUCGGCUGGCGGCCAUGGAGAAGGCGUACGCGGAGCGCGUGAGGGAGCUGACGAGGCGGGAGAUGAAGAUGGCGCAGAGCGAGUUCGCACGCGCACGCGCCAUGUGGGAGAGGGCACGAGAGGAGGUGCAGAGAGCCGAGAGGAUCAAGGAGAUGAUGGAUUCCCUCUCUGCCACCUGCCACUCCUGCAGGCACAACACCUUUAGACCUUAAAAUCUGCUAACUGUGUUUUACUAGGUUUAAUUUUCUUUGCUGUAAUGAAUUCCAGCACAUGUACUAUGAAGAAAAUUAUAACAUUCAGUUUUUCAUGUGCAAAAAUAAAGCUUCAUGAUUGAAGAUGUACUUGAUUUUCUUACUUCCCAUGUAUCUGUAAUUCAUCAUCACUUUUGAGAUGCUAAA